CGCGGAUUUGACGGCCACGAAACAAGUGCCUUUCGAGUUGAGUUGUUGAACUUCUUCGUACUGUUGAUGACGGUGGUUGGGUUGGAGUUGGAAUCCACGGCCCGAGCUUCGCCGGAACCCUUGCACCGUCGUCCACGGAACAUUUUCCGAACAUUGGAGCGAUGAGCAACUUCCAGCCUCACUCAACUGCAAAUUAAUAGCCUUACAACUUGCGCCUUUUAUUCUCUCCCAACUCCACGCAUACUAUCACGGCAUAGAGAAAUACGCAUUUAAGGCCUACCUAGUUGCGAUUCACUGCUCACAAACUCAACUUCAAAAGCGAUUGAGUCACACAUUUCAACAGCCUCAUAAAACGGACGAAGUCAACACCCCCGCCCCCGCGCGACAAUGGCGCCUUCCGUAGCUGGCUACACGCCAACCCUGUCGACAUUUCUAGCAUAUCUCAAAGACAAGGAGAAUCACCCCGUGGAGUCAUGCAUUGAGCUCCUGGUCUCACUCCUCAAACAAAGACAAAUCAGAAAUUCUAGGCCAUGUGCUGUCGCGACGGCAAAACUAUUGCGCCGGGUCGUAUCAAGCUUGAAAUGGAGAGAUGCGGAGGAUCUUAUUCGACGCAUACAGGAUGUGGGACAAAGGCUUAUGGAGGCCCAGCCAAGAGAGAUGGUGGUGGGGAACAUUGUCCGACGUGUAUUGGGUCUGAUCAGAGAUGAAAUUCUGGAGGAAAGAAAUGAAGAUGUCAGUAGCGAUGCUGGCUCUGUGACGCCAAAUCGAAUGCACGCCCCCCCAGCAUUGAGCCAUCCGCGACCAUCUACCGCCGACUCAGCAUCAGCAAGAAGCCCAUUUGACCAGCACGCCAGGCCGUCUCUCAUGAGUUCCCAUACAUCAUACGCAGUUGUGGGCGGAGUCCCUGCUGUCCAGUCGAUGUUCAGCCUCCUCUCAGCUACUCCGUCCGAGGACCCUACACCCCCAGGAGUGCCAUCGCCGAGCGACAAAGGCGUCGAUGCAGCAGCGCUCUCAAGGAGGAUUACAACUAGCACUCGAGACCUAAAAUCGGAGAUUUGUGACGGCAUCAACGAGAUCAUCGACGAGCUUCUCCAAUCCGACGAGCGAAUUGCGAGUUAUGCCCACGAGCACAUCCACUCCAACGAGAUUAUCCUCACACAUACAUCUUCACAGACGGUACACCAGUUUCUUCUCAAAGCGGCAGCAAAGCGCAAGUUUACGGUUAUCGUCGCGGAGUCAUAUCCCAAUGAUCAUGAACAGACGCAUAGUGCUGCUAUGGGGGUGCUAACUCCACAUGACGACGAGGAGGAUGAACUGGGUCUCGAGCAGUUCCAAAAGUCAUUAACAGCGGCAGGUCUUACCGUGGUCUUGAUCACAGAUUCGUCCGUCUUCGCGAUCAUGUCGCGAGUGAACAAGGUGAUUUUGGCGACACAUGCAGUUAUUGCCAACGGCGGUUUAGUUGCGGCAUCUGGAGCCCGAAUUAUCGCCAAAGCCGCCAACAAGCACAGGACACCCGUGAUUGUGGUGUCCGGUGUUUAUAAGCUUAGCCCCCAGUAUCCGUAUGAGUUCGAAUCACUGAUCGAGUAUGGCGACCCGUCGAAGAUUAUCACCUACGAGGAUGGCGACUUUGUGGAGAAGAUGGACGUCGAGAACCCACUCUUCGACUAUGUUCCUCCGGAGCUUGUUGACCUUUACAUCACCAACCUUGGGGCACACGCACCAUCAUAUCUCUACAGAAUCGUGGCGGAUCAUUAUAAGCCCGAGGACACAAACUUUCACAACCCCGAAGUCCGCUUUUGAGGGACCAAAAAUCUCCAAAAACAAGCUGUCAAAACAUUUCAGCGAUCGGCGACACGCGGCCUCGCCGUCACCUCUUAAGGAUAUAUAUGCGCUUCGUAAGGCUUGUUUCUGCAGCACGACAAUUAACUUGUUCGCCAGUCUCUGUUUGGGUUGCAUAAUGCCGUGGGAAACGCGUAAGCCAGAAUGGCGCCGCUUGCUGACAUCUGUCACUAAGCUAUGGUUGGGUAGCUCGGUAGGGCCGCGUUGGCUCAGCCUUGCAUAUCCCUGUGACAUCCAGUAGCGGCAAGGGACUUUCCCCGCUCAAAUAGAUAAUAGAGUCAAUCCUGCCAGGCAGCUCUGCAGUAAUGCGACA